AUGUAUAAAAUCGCUCUACAACUUUUGGAGGAUAGAUGUCUAAAGGUUAAAAGGAAUAAUGCACCCGACUCAAAUAAACUAGUGAAAGGAUGGAUACGUACGUAUUUGUUGAUGCUCCUGGUUUGCAGAUUACCCGAACUUUCUUUGUGUGCAAGUGUGGCAGGAUCCACAGCCGAACACGAAGGGUUUUGUCCCAACAAGCUGAAUUCCAAUCUCUGGGUUGAUGCGCAAAGCACCUGCGAGAGAGAAUGCAACGUCGACGAGGACUGUGCUGACUUUGAGAAAUGCUGCACCAACGUGUGUGGUCUCAACAGCUGUGUGGCUGCACGUUUCUCUGAUGGCACCACUGCCCAGCUAGACGGGCAGGGUGGAGGAGAAGGAAGUGAUGCCUCCAACUCCACAGCUACCUGCGAGGGCUUUAUCUGCAGCCAGCAAGGAGCAACCUGCGACAUCUGGAAUGGACAGCCCAUCUGCAAGUGCCAGGACCGGUGUGAGAAAGAGCCCAACUUCACGUGUGCUUCAGAUGGACUCACCUACUUCAACCUCUGCUACAUGGACGCAGAGGCUUGCAUUCGUGGGGUGUCUUUAACUGUGGUCGCCUGCCGCUUUUACCUGGCGGGGCCCCACACCAGUCCACUGCCUCAGGACACUACAGCUAACCCCACUCCGACAUCCUCCCAGGAGGACCCCAUGCCCCCCACACUGUACUCGAACCCGCACCACCAGUCCGUCUAUGUUGGGGGCACAGUCAGCUUCCACUGUGACGUCAUUGGGGCCCCAAGACCCGAUGUCACAUGGGAGAAACAAAGCGAACGGCGUGAACAGCUGGUCAUGAGGCCUGACCAGAUGUAUGGCAACGUGGUUAUCACCAACAUCGGUCAGCUGGUCAUUUACAACGCCCAGGUGUGGGAUACAGGUAUCUACACAUGCAUCGCACGGAAUUCUGCGGGAGUUCUUCGUGCAGACUACCCGCUGUCUGUCAUCCGCCGGGCCAAUGAUGAUUUCUCUGAAGAUCCAGAGAUGCCGAUGGGAAGGCCAUUCUCUCCGGCAGACUGCCUGGCAGAAGUAGACCUGAGAGUGUGCAGUGGUGAGCGUCACGUGGACUGGUAUUAUGACGGCAAACUGGGAUCCUGCAUGGCCUUCAGCAAUGGUGGAUGUGACGACAGCCGCAACCGCUUUGAGAGUUAUGAGGAGUGCAAGGCCUCCUGUCAGAGAGAAGGGAUGGGCAUCUGCUCCCUGCCCGCUGUCCAGGGCCCUUGCAAAUCAUGGGAGCCCCGUUGGGCCUGGAAUACCCUCUUGAAACAGUGCCAGGCCUACGCCUAUGGUGGCUGCCAUGGGAAUGCCAACAGCUUCAGCACCAAGAAGGAGUGUGAGGCAAACUGCCCACAGCCCAAAAGGAGACCUUGUAAGACCUGUCGGGUGAAGGGGAAAAUGGUGCCCAGCUUAUGCCGCAGUGACUUUGCUAUUGUGGGGCGUCUGACAGAGCUGGUGGAGGAUCUGGACUCUGGGUUAGCCCGCUUUAGCUUGGAAGAGGUCCUGAGAGAUGAAAAGAUGGGAUUGACUUUCUUCAACACCAAACACCUAGAGGUGACUAUUGCCAAGAUAGACUGGAGCUGUCCCUGUCCCAACAUCACCAUGGAGGAGAACCCUUUGCUGGUGAUGGGUGUAGUGCAGGAUGGCAUGGCCAUCAUCCAAUCAGACAGCUACGUCAGAGCCAUAACUGAACGCAGACUCAAGAAGCUCCGUGAGGUACUAAAUAAAAAGAGCUGUGAGGUGUUGUAG